UGCUUGUUUAGGAGACCUGAGCGGGUCUGUGUGAAUUUGGAGGGGGGCAAAGGGGGGCUGAUAUGUUGAUAAGACUGACUGACUGACCACAAGAGGAUUUCCCUUCCCCCGCUUUCUAGGUUGAAUUUCUAGGUGAUCAUUGCAUAACAGCCAGAACUUACUGCCGUGCAGGAUCACGAUACAACAGUCAUUAACAUCAGUGCUGGGUACCCAACCAGAUAUGACUGUGCUCUCUCUUAAGAUUUGCCCCGUUCUCUUUCUUCUUCCAGCCUUGACAGUAGGAGCAGAACAUGUGAAGGGAUUAGUCGGGGGGAGAGUGACAUUACCCUGCACCUACUCUGUUACUGGAGGUGCCACCAGCACGUGCUGGGGCCGAGGCCACUGCCCAAAAUCCAAAUGUCUAGAUGCGAUCCUCUGGACUGAUAGUGAUGGAAAGAAAGUUAUCUGGAACCAUACAGAGAGAUACAGAUUAUUGGGAAACAUAACACAGGGGGACGUGUCUCUGACCAUCACCCAAUUGACCCUCAGUGAUUCCGGAACCUACUGCUGCCGGGUGGAGAUCCCUGGUUUGUUCAAUGACCUGAAGAUAGAAAUACAAGUCCGUGUGAAUGAUAAUGAUAUCGGGAAAACAGUUAACUCUACACCUGCCAUCUCCACAACCAGUGAAGCAGUACCACAUAGCUCAGCAUCUUUUACUGAACCCAGCUUAAAUCCAGCUAAAGCUUCUACUCAGCUGUCAAUCACAGAUAUUCAAACUGCUUCACCAGUGAAUAUCAACUCAUAUUAUUUUCCGCAUGUAAUUGUUUGUGUGGUUCUUCUGCUCUUCCUAUUUCUGUGCCUGGCUGGGUUUCUCUACAAAUAUAAGUACUAUGAAAAGCUGAAGACUAAAGUUCUCAGCACCGCACAGGCCAGCAACAGAGAUAUGUAGAGUUGGCAGACCCAAGCAGAGGAUAACAUCUAUACGAUUGAUGCCGUAUAUGCAACUCCUAUCAAAAAACGUUGAUAAACUGUGUUUUUUUUCCUUAUUUUGUUAUAAUAGCAUCUCUCUUGUUUAUUAUCAUGACACUAAUUAUAGAGUCAUCUGUUAUGAAAGAUGGAGGUAUCUCUGUAACUGUCAGUUCUCCAUCAAAAAGCAAAUAUAUGUUAUGGCAUGAUUCAUUUGUCCUUUCUAAUACAUGGUAAUGUAAUAAAUAUAUGUGUUAUUUUAAUAACGUA